UGGGCCAAAAAUGGAUAGUAAAUUACGGAUGCAAAGUUGUAAUGGCCCGUUCGGCUAAACCAAUGAAACUGGUUCUCUCAUUCUUCUUCACCCUAACAAAUGAUGACGUCAGCUUCUCGGCGGGACUUUAAUUAACCGUUUUUAUUUUUUAAGACCUCCGACGAUGAGACCUGCGGCGGAGCUUGCGGUGAGGAUAGGCCGUGAGCUUCUAAAGGUUUCAGGAAGCUAUCGAUCAGCUCGGGUAUGGAGUCCAUCGGUUGAACAGAGUCUUCACGGUCUCGGCUUUCGCAACUCAAUAAGCCCUUCGCUUGUGGCUCGAGUCAUUGACCCUUUUCUCCUAAACCACCAUUCCCUCGCUCUCGGUUUCUUCAAUUGGGCUGCUCAGCAACCAGGUUACGCUCACGAUUCCCUCUCUUACCACUCUAUCUUCAAGUCUCUUUCGCUUUCUCGUCAGUUCUCCGCCAUGGACGCUCUCUUCAAACAAGUCAAAUCGCACAAAAUCGUUCUCGAUUCUUCCGUGUAUCGCUCCCUCAUCGAUGCGCUUGUGUUGGGUAAGAAAUCUCAGAACGCGUUCUGGGUUCUAGAAGAAGCUCUUUCGACGGGUCGUGAGAUUCAUCCCGAUGUAUGUAAUCGUCUUUUAGCUGCUUUAACUUCUGAUGAGUGUUAUGAUUAUGCUCAGAAACUGUUUGUUAAAAUGCGUCAAAGAGGUAUCUCUUUGAACACUGUUGGUUUCGGUGUGUAUAUAGGAAAGUUUUGUAGAAGUUGUGAAACGGAUCAGAUCUUGAGAUUGGUUGAUGAGGUUAAAAAGGCUGAUAACUCGAACAUAAAUGGCUCGAUCGUUGCUUUGUUGAUUCUCAAUGGUCUUUGUAAAUCGUCACGAGAGAUGGAUGCUUUCUAUAUAUUGGAAGAGCUGAGGAAUAGAGAUUGCAAACCUGAUUUUAUGGCUUAUAGAAUCAUAGCUGAAGCAUUUGUAGUUACUGGGAAUCUUUAUGAGAGACAGGUCGUGCUAAAGAAGAAGAGAAAGCUUGGAGUUGCACCUAGGAGCAGCGAUUACAGAGCUUUCAUAUUGGAUUUGAUUUCAGCUAAACGAUUAACAGAGGCUAAGGAAGUGGCUGACGUGAUUGUGAGUGGGAGUUUCCCAAUUGAUAAUGAUGUCUUAGACUCUUUGAUCGGAUCAGUCUCUGCAGUGGAUCAAGAUUCUGCUGUUGACUUCUUGAAUUACAUGGUGAGUACAGGGAAAUUGCCUGCUAUUCGGACUCUGAGCAAGUUGAGUAAGAAUCUUUGCAGGCACGACAAGAGCGACCAUCUUGUAAAGGUUUAUGAGGUUUUGUCAAGCAAAGGUUAUUUCUCAGAGGUUGAGAGUUACAGUCUGAUGAUAUCGUUCUUGUGCAAGGCCGGGAGAGUCAGGGAAGGUUACAAUGCUCUGCAUGAAAUGAAAAAGAAAGGGCUUGAACCAGACGUGUCACUCUAUAACGCUCUCAUCGAAGCUUGUUGUAGAGCGGAAAUGAUCCGUCCAGCGAAGAAACUGUGGGAUGAGAUGUUUGUGGAGGGAUGCAGAAUGAAUCUGACGACGUAUAAUGUACUUAUUAGGAAAUUGUCAGAGGAAGGCGAGGCAGAGGAGUCUUUGAGGCUGUUUCAGAAGAUGCUUGAGAAAGGGAUUGAACCAGAUGAAACAAUAUAUACGUCUCUCAUUGAAGGCCUAUGCAAAGAGACAAAACUUGAAGCUGCUUUGCAAGUCUAUAGAAAGUGUAUGGAGAGGGAUAAAACAGUUGCAACAAGAGUGUUAAGCGCAUUUGUCUUAAUACUAUGCAGCAACGGGCAAUUUGGUGAGGCAUCACAGCUGCUAUGCGCUCGAGAACACUUGGAACACACAACAGCACAUGUCGUGUUGCUGAAAUGUGUGGCGGAUGCGAAAGAGGUUGAGAUCGGAAUCAGACAUAUGAAAUGGAUCAAAGAGGUCUGGCGAAAUUAG